AUGGUUGUCACGAGAUACUAUCGAACAGUAUUACUGGGGCAUGCUCAAGCAACAGUAGUCGUUGGUAGCAUUUUGGAUGCGUUCCGAAGUGAUGGAAUAGACAUCAAAAAAUUACUAAUGCUGAGUCGAGACAAUCCGAAUGUAAACAAGACUAUCGAAAAGAUGAUUGGUGAUGAAAUGAAAAAACUUGGUGCCGAGUUAUUACAAGUUGGUGUCUGUAAUUUGCAUGUCGUCCACAAUGCAUUCAAAGCAGGAGAAGAAGCCCGUCGCCUAUUGGCUGAAUUAUCAGCGGCGGAUCGUACAACAUUUUUCAACGACGUGAGAAUAAUGUAUCACACGAUCGCCGACUAUCUCAAAACUCACCUUCCACUGGAGAAUAAAUUCUUACGUGAUGUUCAAGUCCUAGAUCCUUCACUAAGAACGGAACCGAAUUCAGCCGAUCAGAUGGUUCGUGUCGGGCGUGGCAUUCCGAGACUAUUGAGCGGUACGGAAAUUGAUCGUAUUCGUGGUGAAUGGAUGAUGUAUGCAGCUGAAACAAUCGAUGAACAAUGGUACAUAAAAAAGCGAUACCAGGACUCAGAUGGCAAUACUCAAAUUGAGCAUCAGCGGAUAGAUUUCUAUUGGAACAAAGUGUUGUCGUUAACAACAAAUGUUGGACUGUCGAAAUAUCCGACGAUGGCGAAAAUUAUCAAAAAUAUUCUUAUUGUUGCACAUGGAAACUCGGACGUCGAGCGAGGAUUCAGCGUGAAUGAACACAUUGUCACAGAGAAUAGAACAUUGCUGACGGCAUCGUCGAUCAACGGCCUUCGUGCCACUUGGGACGCUAUAAACUUUGCUGGAUCGGGUUCAUCGCACAAGGUGCCCGUCAAUGCCGAAUUGCUCCAUGCUGUACGGAAAUCGAAAUCCAUUUACAAUCAAGAACAGCUGUCGUUGAAAAUUGCUGCUAAUCAGAUGAACAAGGAUAAUGAAGAUCAUAUAAAUGUCGAUGAAAAAGCAAGGAAAUUGGUGGAUCAAGAAUAUCAUUGGCUGUCCAAACAGAAGAACUUACAAGAAGAACAAAAUAAAGCACAAUUAUCGAUUAGUGAAGGCCGUCAUCGGCUUGAUAAUGCUUUAAAGAAAUCGGAUAUGAUUGAUGCACAGGCAGCAAACGCAUUAAUUGGCGCCGGCGACGAAAAAGUAAAAUCGAUCAGCGGAGAACUGAAGCAAGCUACGGAUGAAUUGUUGAAAAUUCAAAGUAAACGAAAAAAUGCCUUCUCCCAUAGACAGUCAUCCGAAAACAAGAAAAAGAAGGUAUCAGCAACAACAAGUGAUUGGUUUUGA